CUUGUGCAAAUUUACUUACUUGUUAAUUUCCUCUUUAACUAUAAAUGAAUUUCAGGCUGAACCGCUGAACGCUUAAGGAUCGUGAUUUGUUUCAGGGCAGCAGGUGUUACAAAAUACCCAUUAAAGACUUAAAGUACUUCAGAAUGACCACAUCAACUGCAACUCCAACUACAAAUGCAACUGCAACUCCAACUACAAGUACAACUCAACAAACAGAAGUUGGAUCAUCAUCUCAAGCUGCAUCUCACACAAAUGAAUCUGAAACUGCAACUCCAACAAGUAAAGGCAGAGCUGAAGCAGUUGAAGUUGGUGAUAGCAAAAAGAAGCACGGCAGAGUGAGAUCAUCUGUUUGGUUGGAAAUGACUAGGAUAGAUGAUGAAUGGGCUGAAUGCCGUUAUUGCCACAAUAAAUACAAAGCUCACAAUGACAAUAAUGGCACUUCUGGAUUGCGAAAGCAUUUGAAUAGAUGUCUAAAGAAUCCUAACAGGAAGAAAGAAAAGGGACAACCAUCUCUGUUGAUGCCACCCCCAAAACCAGGUCAGGAUGGUAAACUUAUUGCUCAUACUUACAAUUAUGAUAGGUUAAAAAACCGGUACCGGCGGUACAGGUACAAGUACAGCUUAGUUUGGCAAUGUGAAAACAAAGAAAAAUUGAAGCGGACAAAUACCUGCGACGAGUGCUCUCACUAUCAAAUAGUCUAG